CAAAUUUAGUCGUCAUCAUGUUUACGACUUGAUGCCCAGCUAUGAGUGUGGCUAAGUGUUCGUCAAGGUAGGGGGGUUGCCUCCUAUUUGAUCAGAAAUGCCGGAAAACUUGUUCUCACGGUCGCGUUCGCAGCCUCAGUUUAGUUUAGGUUGUCGAGUCAUUUCCAACUUUCUCCUUCACCCAAUUAAUCUCUUCCGUUUUGAGCGAGAAGACGACAAUCGUACACGAGCGUCAAGUCUUGAUCAUGGAUGCCAAGGUGAUCCUGGUGACGGGUGCAAAUUCCGGCAUUGGGGCCGGAAUUGUCCUCCAUCUCGUCCGGAUUGGCUAUCGAAAAAUAGCCAUAUUGGCACGACGAGAAUCCAUGUUACAACAAGUGGCAAAUGAUUGCGAAGGUAUCGCUCCAUGUGAGAUUCUCAUACUUCCAAAGAACUUGUUGGACGAAUCUGCUUGUCACCAAGCUGUCGAGGACACCGUCGAUCAUUUUGGAAGAUUAGAUGUAGUCAUUUCCAACGCGGGUGGCGGAUCCGGAGCUGCCAAAGUCAGGGACAAGUGCGUGUCCGAUUUUCGACAUACUCUGGACUUGAACGUGAUAGCACCGUUUUUGAUCACUAAGGCUGCUCUACCUCACUUGGAGAAGACCAAAGGCAACAUCCUCUACGUGUCAUCGAUUGCAGGUACCCAGACAGUGCAUAACUACUCGGACUAUUGCUCUGCCAAGGCGGCCUUGAAUCACUUUGCUCGGAAUGUAGCCAGCGAAGAAGCUGCUAAGGGAGUUCGUGCCAAUGUUCUUGCUCCCGGUGUGAUCGUCACCGAGGGACAGACCCAUGGGAGCAGUUCCGAGCAAGCAUUUGAUGUGGUCCGACAAAACCUGAGGAAAUAUCAGCCCUUGGGUCGGGUUGGAGAGAUUGUGGAAAUGGCCAAGUUAGCGGCUUUCAUUGUAUCGGAUGAUAAUCGAUUCAUGACGGGAUCCAUUAUCACUGCCGAUGGAGGCGUAUGCGUCGAUUACAAACCCUCUUUGUGAAUGAAGUAUAUCUCCGUACUGAAGGGAUAAGGAACCACUUAUCUUUUUGUGCAAAUGGCAACAAAUCUUUCAAUAUGCCAAUCAUAUUACCAAUGUAAUGUUAUCUUAAUGCCAUUAAUAGAUUGUGCUUACCUCUCAUUUUAUUGCUUUUUUAAAUUUGCUACCUCGGAUCAUUAUUCACGACAACUAAUGUCAAUUUAUUUUUCAUGUUGUAUCACAAGAUGAUAUUAUCAUUAAAUGUCUCGCCUAAAGGUGGCGCUGGUUAUUUCUUGGCGCGGAAUCGUUUGAGUUCUUUCGAAGGCGCCACAUAUUUCGUCUUCCGACCGGUUUUCCGUCUUUUUGUUGGGCACCCCCCUCCUCUUUCGAGGCAGGUCCAGGAGUGAAAGGUUGCCAGCCAUCGUCAUCUUCUGCCUGAGCUUCUAUGUCAGCUUCAACCUCUGGUUCCUCAAAAAUAGGCGAAGGGACUGCCUCCUCAACAACUGGGUCUUCCCCCUUUUUGGCGCUAGAGCGACUCAGCCUUUUAGGUCGGUAUGGAGUCUUGUCAAUGAUGGGAGACUCGUUGAGCUCGAGGUCAGUCUCGUCUUGAGCUACUUUUGAGGAUCGAGACAACCGCUUAGAGCUCCGGGUACCCGGGGGUCCUGCUCUUGAUCAUCCACAUCCACUGAUUUUCGGCUCGAUCUCGAGCUUCGUCGAGUGCCAGCCACAUUGGUUUCGGUCUCUUCUUGUUUUCGACUGGAUCUGGAUGAUCUUCGAACAGAUUCUGAUUCAACACUGGAUCGGGAAACUCGGUCUUGCGUUUUGGUGCGAUGGGCUCCUCUUCCUCAUCUGAGUCACCCAGGUCAUGCGGCUUGACCUCGACGACCUGGUGACCCUUUCCACUUUUUGGGGCGUCUCCGCCUUGCCGGCGUCAGAAGGUUUUGCUUAAAGUGAAACGUCUGGAUUUCACUGGACUGGGUUCCAAGGAUUUGGCUCGAGAUCGCGUGAGUGGAGGCGAGUCUUCCUUCUCAAACA